GCUGUGCUGUACCAUUAGCAUUGGGGUGUUGAGCAGUAGUUUAAAAGGCUUGCCUAGGGGUCGACAGCCGAAGGCACACGUGCCAACUUUGCCUUGCAGAGGGGUUGACACGCAGGCAAUAGCAAAAUUGUGGACAGACCAUUCGCGCACCGCGACCCACUAAGCUCCAACUUGCCACUAAGCACUUCUCUACACUUUCAGUAGGUCACGUAAACGAAGGGUUCGGCUUUGCGUUGUUCGCUCCACGCAGUGGAUGAUAGGGAUUUGAUCUCUUGCUGGCUGGCAGAAGCUGAUAAGUGCAUGGAUGAUUGUUGGUGCCAAACGGGCUGGUUUGAGUAUUUUUGUAACUGCUGAUCUCCUAGGAUUUUCACGCACAACUAGACGCAGUCUCUAGAAUUUACUCCCGAAUGGUGCCAAAAACAAAAAACAUCCAGUGAGCGGCAGUUCUGUGGAUGGAAAUGCCUUGUUGAUGAGAGAGGUCAACAGACCAUGGCCAGACUGUUUCAAACUGACAAAGUCUAUGGUAACUUAGUGUGGUGAGCAGGGCGGCGUCUGGGCAGAACGAGGCCGGGAAGAUAAGUGCCGAAUGACUUCCACCUGCCUCGCAUUCCAGCGAGAGGAGGCAGGAGUAUUUAAGGAGAAGAGACCGUGGCAGACAGGAGAGAGAUGUAUGAAGCUUGUCUGUGUGUUUGACUGUCUUUAUGAUUUGAUGCAGCUGGCUGAAAAGCAGUGCUUGUUUUUGUUUCUUUAAAUGCUGAAAAGUAUUAUUAAAUGUCUAUGUGUUUGUAAAGCUUCCAACUUCCUCCUUUCCCAUCUUUAAGUGUUACAUUCAGAUAGCCGCUCUGCACAAUUGUGGUGAGAAGAGUAGCAUCUCAGAAUCAGGGGUGGAUCUAGACAUUUUGUUAUGGGGUGGCAUGCAGACUAUGAGGGUUCAUAAGGAUGAAGGUACCAAGCUUCAUUGCAGCAAGUACUAGUUUAUUAAUUGGAGUCACUAUCUAUUUGUGAUACAACUGCAUUUCCACAUGAACCGCAUAGUAUCCAUUUUGCUCCUGAUUUACCAACAAAUAAAAACAUUUGUAUAAUUUAAAAAAAAUAAGUAUUAAACUGUAUAUCUCCAUAACAUUGUGUAACGUUAGCAGGAGGAGGCAGACGAGGGGUGAGGAUCUAAAUGCGGGUUUUUAUUGAACAAAGAGAAAACAAACCAGACUGGAACAAAGGAAAUAUCCACGAUGGGAAAAUGAAACCAAAACAUGAAAACAUCAAGGGUACAAGAACUGGGUGAACAAGGCAAGACAUCUACUUCCAGACAUCCACAAACAACGAUCGACAGAGACUGAACACACAACCGGGCUUAAGUACAGAGGGAUAGUGAAGAUCAAACGACAAACAGGUGAGAACAAUGAUCGAAUGCUGGCAGUGAUGAGGGCCGGGAAUUGUGGGAAUUGUAGUUCAUGACAACUGACUAGAGAAACAUGGGGCAGACAACAAGGGAUCCUGACAUAACCCCCCCUCUAAGGAGCGGAUUCCAGACGCUCCUAAAAAAGAAAGAAAAAAAAAUACCCAAAAAAACAAAAACAGUCCAAGGAGGCACAGAGGGCAAGCAGGCAGGCAGUCCAAGGAGGCCACAAGACGGGAACUGGGUCAGGUGGCCUGGGAGGCGGCCACAGGACAGGGACAUGUUCGGGAGGCCUGGGAGCUGGCCACAGGGCAAGGACAGGUUCAGGAGGCCUGGGAGCCGGCCGCAGGGUAGUGUCUGGGUCUGGAGGCCUGGGAGUCGGCCGCAGGACAGGUUCGGGAGGUCUGGGAGUUGGCCUCAGGGCCACAGCCAUGGGGAACUCCGAGGGCGGAGCCGUGGUAGGCGGAGCCAUGGAGGUUUCUGGUGGUGGAGCCAUGGAGGACAGAGCCGUGGAAGACUCAGGUGGCAGAGCCAUGGGUGGCUCAGGAGGCGGAACCGUAGAAGGCUCAGUAGAAGGAGCUGUGGUUGGCGGAGCCGUGGAAGGCUCAGGUGGCGGAGCCGUGGAAGGCGGAGCCAUGGAAGGCUCGAGGGGCGGAGCCCUGGGAGGCUCAAGGGGCAGAGCCCUGGGAUGGUCGCGGCUGCAGGCGCUGGCUCUGGGACGGUCCAGGCGGGAGCCGGGAACGAGAGAGGUGGUUCCCCGGCAGCGAGUUCCUUCACGACGAUACUCACAUACUCCUGCCAGGUGUAGUCUCCGGUCUCUGGCAAAUCCCACCAUCGGUCUUUGGGUACACCGAACCAGUACGCUUCCUUCAGGGUCUUGUCAUCCCAGCCGGUGUAACUGGCCAUGCUGGCGAAGAUGUGGGUGAACUCCCGAACUGAUAAGUCCGCCUGUAUUAGCUCCUUGAGGAACACCGCUAGAUCCAUUUUUGGUUCGAUCGCUCUGUAACGUUAGCAGGAGGAGGCAGACGAGGUGUGAGGAUCUAAAUGCAGGUUUUUAUUGAACAAAGAGAAAACAAACCAGACUGGAACAAAGGAAACGUCCACGAUGGGAAAAUGAAACCAAAACAUCAAAGGUACACUAACUGGGUGAACAAGGCAAGACAUCUACUUCCAGACAUCCACAAACAACGAUCGACAGAGACUGAACAAACAACCGGGCUUAAGUACAGAGGGAUAGUGAAGAUCAAACGACAAACAGGUGCAUACAGUGUAAGUCAGGGCAUUGAAAUUAUUCGUCAUGACGUUGCCUGCUACAUUGAACAACGAGAUGGAGGCAUAUCAUGUGACCCCGACAACAUUUACCUCUCUUCAGGAGCCAGUGAUGCAAUCGUGAUGAUGCUUAAGUUACUGGUGUCGGGUGAAGGAGCAAGUCGUACGGGAGUGAUGAUUCCGAUACCUCAGUACCCACUGUACUCGGCUGCUCUUGCUGAGCUCGGCGCCGUUCAGAUCAGUUAUUAUCUGGAUGAAGAGAACUGCUGGAGUCUGAAUAUCAAUGAGUUAAAACGCGCACUACAGGAAGCAAAGCAGCACUGCAGCCCACGAGCACUGUGCAUCAUCAAUCCUGGCAAUCCCACAGGUCAGGUUCAAAGCCGGCAGUGUAUUGAGGAUGUGAUUCAGUUUGCUGCUGCAGAAAACCUUUUCCUCAUGGCUGAUGAGGUGUAUCAGGACAACAUUUACGCAGAUGGAUGUAAGUUUCACGCCUUCAAGAAGGUGUUGUUUGAAAUGGGACCAGAAUACUCUAAAAAAGUGGAGCUGGCAUCAUUUCAUUCAACGUCAAAGUGCUACAUGGGAGAGUGUGGUUUUCGUGGUGGUUAUAUGGAGGUGGUAAAUCUAGACCCGGAGGUGAAAGUUCAGCUCACUAAGUUGGUAUCAGUGCGUCUUUGUCCUCCUGUGCCUGGACAAGCUCUUCUAGACGUGGUGGUCAAUCCACCUCGACCAGAUGAGCCCUCCUACACCACAUUCAUUAAGGAACGCUCUGAAACAUUAGCCACACUAGCAUAUAAAGCCAACAUCACGCAAGAGAUGCUGAAUCAGGUUCCAGGUAUAAAGUGUAACCCAGUGCAGGGUGCCAUGUACACUUUCCCCCAAAUCCAAAUCCCGCCUAAAGCCAUACUGGAGGCAAAGGAGAAAGGACAGUUUCCAGACAUGUUUUACUGUAUGAAGCUGCUGGAAGAAACGGGCAUCUGUUUGGUUCCUGGCAGUGGCUUUGGUCAGCGAGAUGGCACCUACCAUUUCAGAAUGACCAUCCUUCCUCCAGAAGACAAACUGAAGAUCGUAUUGGCCAAGAUUAAAGAGUUUCACCAGCAUUUUAUCGAGCAAUACUCUUAACCAUUGUCUUACUGACCAACCAAUCAAAUCCUUAGUUUCACAUGUCAAGCUUUUCAAGGUUGUGUCUGCUCAAUGUCUUGACUGUACUGUCUCACAUAAAUAACAUCAGAGCCUUUUGGAAAAUAAAUUAUUUUCUUGGGGAAGAAUUAAAAUAUGUUAAUAUUAAUAUUUGUUAAUAAUUGUAGUAAUUAUUUUUGAUUGUUUUUUUUUUUGUUUGUUCACUGCAUGGUCGUCCCGCUAUUACAUUUUCUAUAUUGAAAGUUAUUUUUUACAUUGCAAACUGGAAAAAGACAAAGUUUCCAAAAUAAGAUUGGGCAAUCAGUUGAUAGAUCAUUUAAAAAUGUUAUUAAAUACAACUUUACCAAUAAUAAUUUUGAGCUUCAAAGGAAAAUGUUUCCAUUAUUAAAAUGGCAAAUAUCCUGCCAUAUACACGGAUGUAAUGUUCGGGAGUAUAAACGGUGCAUUAAAGAUGCUCAGAACUCAAUGCCAAUGCAGUCUUAAACUAUUUUAUUAGAAAAUAGGCGAUCCCUCUUGUAUUUGUGCAGCAACAGGCAUUAAUUGAACACAAUCAGUACCAAUCACAACUUCACAUACACAUUGACAGAUGUGAGUUUAAAUUCCCAUUUGCUUGAAAAACACAAACACUAAAUAAUUCACAUUAUAAAUAUCAAAGUUAACUCAAUAAAAAUACAAUUAUAUGGGUUAGUAUUUAGAGACUCAGGCAUACUUCCUGGCAAUCUGCUAAACUACAUUAAAAAUGCAUGGUUCCACUUUAUAUUAGGUGUCUUUAACUACUAUGUACUUAAACAUUUGAUACAAUGUACUUAUGUACAUUCUUGUUUUUGAAAUGUACUUGCAUUUAAAGAACCUGCAUUUAAUUAAAUUUGUAGUUAUACUGUUAGCCUUAUCUCUAGCCCUAACCCAACUCUUACCCUAAAACCUAACUCUAACCCUUAACCCAACCCUACUCCUAAACCUACAGUAUCCUAAACCUCAGUAGAAGCAAAUGUGAAUCUUUUGAGAAUUUUGCAGAACAACAUUUAGUUACACAGUAAUUGCACUGUAUUGAAUGUAUUUUAAUGUUAGAACAUAGUAGUUACAGACACCUAAUAUAAAGUGUGACCAAAUGCAUUAUAAUUUUUGUUAAAAUAUAAAAGUAUCCUGAUAUUAAAGUCAUAUUGUAUACUACAUAAAGUGUAAGCACUGCAACAUUAACUGCAUUUCGUUAUUUGUAUUUUUUUUUUUUUUAUAAUUAUUUAUUUUUUUACAAAUGGUUACGUUGUAACGUUUACCACCAUUUCCUUUUUAGAGUUGAGGUGCCAGACAGGGACCACCAGUCGAAUGUUUGAGUUUUGGUUUGGGAAGGUCAAGUCAGUGGUUAAUCCAUAAAGAAACGGUAAAACCUACAAGUGAUAAAUGUAGAAAACCUCAAUAAGAUAUUUUCACACAAACCCCUAAACUGGGAAGAGAUUGUCACAUUUCACAAUAAACACAAAAUAUUACUUCCAAACACUAAAUAUUUGCAUUUCAUUAAGCAUCAUAGAAGUCCAAAAUAUUCAAUAAUCAGCACGCAAAGCCAUCAAUAAGCAUCAAACAAGUCCAAAAUAGUCAAUAACCACAACAUAAGUCCAAAGAAGGUCAAUUCAUGAUUAAAAAAAAUUGUAGAGGCACUGUUCAAUAAGUUCUUUAAAGUACCAAAGAAAAUCAAAGCAGUUAAUCAACGUUAGUUAGUGAGCUGUGUUUUUACUCACUAUACAGGCUGUUUUCUUCAAGACAGGACUCCUUUAAAAAGUUGUGCUGGGCAACAAAUGCGUUAGCAGCUUGAUAUUCGUGCUGGUCCAUAAAACUCUCCAAAAUCCAACUUAAUGCACGGUGAGCAUUUCCAUUACAGUGGCAUCAGUGCAGACACAGGAUAGUGUUAAACUUCUGGAUUAAUUUGGCAAAGGUGUACUUUUUUCCAUGAAAAAAAAAAAAAAAACUGCUUUUAGAGCCAAUGAGAGCUAGCAGGAAGAGCUAACAUGUGCUACCUCUCUCUUCAACUCUCACUGCCACAAACUUGAAUUUUGUUGUUCUUAUUUAUUACGUUUUAUGGCAGGUGGCACCAGCGUUAAGGUGCAUUACUGCCACUUACUAUGUUGGAAUGUGGACCAGAGUUAUCUAUUAUUUAUUUAACAUAAAUAAAUAUAACUAUAUUUCCCUUAACACUAAAUUCUUUUGAUCAGCCCAGUUUCUUUCAAAUAAUGGAAUAGAAUCCCUAACCAGAUGGUAAAUAUUUUUUUUCCACUCCAAGCUUCCUGAUUUCCCCCUUUAAUGUUUCUCGUUCUCAAGAGUACUUUUGGCCGUGACAGAUGACAUGCUCCACUGAUUCCUCUAUUUGACAGUGCUCACAUAGUCCUGAGGGAUGUUUAUUUAUUAAGUGCAGUGUUUUAUUAAGCCUGGUAUGUCCUACCCUCAGCCUUUUUAAGAUGUUCUCCUCUUUAGUGCUCCUUUUAGUUGUCCUCACUGCCCACCUCUCGGUGUACUGCAUAAAGGUUUCAUCCUGUGCUGCCACUCUUUAUUGAUGUUUGAUUAUUCCUUUUGCUUCAUAUUUACUGAGUGAAAUGUCCAUGAUCUCCUCAUGUUUAACAUUGCAAAAAAAUAUUUUCAUGGCAAAUUUUUUUUGUCUUGUUUUCCAGUAAAAAUAUCUAAACAUGCUUAAAAUGUGAUUUAUUUUCUUGACAAGCAAACUUCCUUAGGAUUUUAAGUCUUGUUUUGAGAGAAAAUUAACCGACUCUAUUAAGAUAAAUGCUUAUAACAAGAAAAAACUGUUUGCCAAUGGGGUAAGAAAAAUAAUCUUAAUUCAAGGGGAAAACAAGUUUAUUUUAAUACCCUAUUGGCAGCAUUUUCUUCUAAAGUUCACUAAAUUUUGUCAGAUUUCUCUUAAAACAAGACAUAUCUUAUGCCAUUUUGCUUGACAAGAAAUUACAUUUUAUGAAUGUUUAGCUCAUUUUACAUGAAAACAGGACAAAAAUAUAUUUUUGCAUUGCAGAGACUGUUUUGCUAAUACAUACACAAUUUCAUUGCCCUUUAUCCUUCUGUGAUCUGGUAUUCACAUACAUGUUGUGACGAUAUGAGACAUAAUAGAUUUUGAUUGGUUAUUGUCCACGGUUGCUAGGUUACAGUGUUUUUUGUUCUUGCUGUGAGUGGAGUGAGCUGUAUCACCCAUGUGAGCCCGACACUAAAAGUUAAG